GCUGGAGGAAGCCACAGCCCAUGUUAGGACAUGUUGUCCCGGGGGCGCACUCACUGACCGUCAGCCGGACCGACAAGGAGCGUGUGACCGCGCACAGGAGACACCGAUCAUAAACAUCAGAUUAUUAAUUCACCGUCAUGGCUCAGGCGAAGAUUCACGCGAAGAUGAACGAGCCUCCGUGCAACAAGUUCAGCAGGACGCUGUCCAUGGCGGAUCGCUCCGGGAGACUGCUGGAAAGUUUGGAUCAGCUGGAAAUGAGGGUGGAGUCUUUACGUGAAGCAGCAGCAGCCAUGGAGCAGGAAAGGGAGUGCAUCCUGGAAAUGCUCCAGUCCAUACAGGGCAGUCAAGAAAUGCACAACAUCUGCGCCGGGGAGAAAGAAGAAUUAAACUUAACCGCGAACCGUCUACUUGGCCGGACGCUGUCUGUGGAAAUCUCCAUUGGCACAAUCAGAAACUCCCAGCAGGAGGACGCACUGCACAAGGCCACGACUAUAAUCGACGAAAUAGUGAAAAAGCUGCUGGACAACAUGGAGGACAGCCGCCAGCAGCUCCUGGCCCUGCAUGCGGCCUGCGUGACCGAGGCGCCGCCCGUCCCCAUUGACCAGAAGUUCCAGGCCAUUGUGAUCAGCUGUUCUCUGGAGGACCAGAAGAAGAUCAAGCGGAGGCUGGAGACCCUGCUGAGGAACGUUGCCAAUACUGAAAGGAACAUCAAGAUCAUGGAUCACCGAAAACUGGAGGACUCACAAGCCAAUGGCGUUCAAUAAGAACCAAAAACAUACAAACACGUCCUACAUACCACUAAUCUGAACAAACUGUGAUUCUACUUGUAGCAGAAACACCAGCCACUGGGUAGCAAUUACAGCCAAGAAUACAAUCAAUCACAACUCACUACUAUAUGAGAGUGAUGUCUAUGCAUGAUCAAGUUUCACUUCCACAGUCAAUAUGGAUUUUAUUUUUUUUACUGUGUGAACCCACUACACAUUAUGUGCACUUAGGCCAGAACAGCAGAGUGCUUCAUUGAAGGUUUGUUCAGUCCAGUGCUGAUUACCCACUGAAUAAUUCAUAAUGUGUCAGGAGAUAGUCUACUGAGGAUGAUACUGCAGACUUAAUAGCUUUAUUACCAGGUUACACUUUGUGAGAUUGGCACAGGAGUCUCCGAAUAAAAGUGAAAGAGUAUUCCUGAUGAAAUAUGGUUGGUUAAAUUGGUUAAGUAUCUUGUUCCGUGUCACUCUCAUACUUUAAAAUCAGACACUUGCUGAAGGAUGUUGGAUAUGCAUGGAGCUUUUUGAGGAAUACCUAUCACAUCAUGCAGUGGAUAUUUGCACCAAUGUGUCUUUUAAUGUAAGAUUGUGUCAGAAAAGUUAAUAAAAGCAGAAUGGGCACCA